AUGAAUAAGAUUUAUAAUAUUACUUUUCUUUUCAUUCUUUUAAACUUAUAUAUAAAUGAAAAUAACUUUAUCAGAAAUGAACUUAUAAACGAAAAAAACCAUAAUUUAAGAAAUGGUUCAAUAUAUAAUAACGAUAAAAUAUUAAGUAAAAAUGAAGUAGAUACUAAUAUAGAAAGUAAUGAAAAUAGUAUUCACGAAUCUGGACAUAAGAUUGAGGGGGAAGAAGUUUCAAAAGCUAAUCAAGAACAACCUAAUGUAGAAGAUAUAACAUACAAAAAAAAAGAUGUUGCUGAUUCAGAAAUUCCUUUUUCUGGUUCUGAUAUACAGGGAACAUAUCAAUUUUCUCGUAAACCAGGAAGAAUUACAAAUCCUCGUACU